GCUCCAUCACUUUGAGCUGCCCUUGUGAAGGUGACCUGACGUUCAGUCCAGAAGAUGUGGUCCUCGGUUGCAGUGCUAUUACUAAUACAGGCAGCAUUGAGCUACGGAGAGUGGAUUUCAGUUGCUAAUGGUGGCAGAUGGGGCAACUGGGGAGAUGUACAGCGAUGUCCUCCUGACUCUCGGGCCGUAGGAUUCAACCUAAAGGUGGAAGAAUCACAAAGAAAAGGAGAUGACACCGCCCUGAAUGGAAUCGGACUGUUCUGUGCGUACCCAAACGGGUCUCCUGCAGGAAUGAUUACAUCUAGUGUAUCACAAUGGGGUAGAUGGGGUAACGGUUUAUGGUGUCAAAAACAUUUAGCAGCUUUUAGGCUGCAGGUUGAACCCUCUCAGAGUAAAGGAGAUGACACAGCGGCCAACAACAUGGAGAUGUUAUGUUCAGAUCCCAAACACCUGAUAGGAAUCGGUGGCCACUGGGGAACCUAUGGAAGCUGGAGUCCUUCUUGCUAUACUGGGAUCUGUGCUAUCAAAACCAAAGUGGAAGCACCGCAAGGCAGAGGAGAUGACACCGCUCUCAAUGAUGUCCAGUUUGAAUGUUGUUGACCACAAAUCACCCCAGUUAUGGGGUUCAUGUAAAACUUGAUCUGAAUUUCGCAAAUAAAACCAUAGGUUCAUGUCUUGGU